UUUUGUGGGGCUGAGAGCAUGUUGGCAUGCUGUCUUGUAAGUUCAGACAGCAGCAGACCUCCCUCCCGCCCCUCUCUCACACAGCAUUCCACAGUAGCGGUGUGCAUGCAGGCUGUCAGAAACGGAACUUUGAAAGGGCAUUUCCGCAUUCCUACCAGGAGUUCAAAACAAUGACAAGAGUGGCCACUUGAUUUAAGGGGAUUAUGAGACGUUUCCAGAGGCUGAUCAGAGUAAUGCAACACCUUGUUCACACCGUGUGUUGUAGCCAAGGUGCAGCAAAUGUUAUUCCUCUCGCCAAGGUGGAGUACCAGGAGCGCUUUAGCUGCGGAGUCAGAGCGCUCUACGUGCCUUCCCAGUGUGGACGGGGAGUGUGCUAGUGCGCACAGGGCUCCUUUAUUGCGCACUAACUUGCAAGUGUAGUCAAGCCUGAAGUCUACUACAUCACACUUGUUUUUAGUGAAUUUCAUCUUGUUAAAUUCAAUUCCCCAAUUUCUUACGGUCGUUUUCAAUUCUAAACCUAUCCUCCAAAGUGCUUGCCACUCCUCCCAGCUUGGUGUCAUCCAUGCAUUUUAUAAGCAUAAUUUCAAUGCUAUUAUCCAAAUCAUUAAUGAAAAUAUUCAGUAGUGCUGGACCCAGGAUUGACAAUCCUGCCCCUCCUCCCCCCCCCUUCCCCAACCCCCAUGGGACCUCACUACAUAUCCUCUCCCAGUAUGAGAUCCUGUAUCAGUUCUUGAGCUUUCUCCUGGCUUUUUAGUUUGGGACUUGACUCCUGAGUUCUGCUUUUCUCUUAAAUCUGAGGUUCGUAGAUGGACCCAUAUUACUUUGUUUCCUCUGUUGGGUAUGUCUCCUUGUCUCAUCAGGUCUGAUCCAGCUCAGCACUCUGCUCCCAGGGCCCCAGAAGGGGGUGCUCUUGGUGGGGGUCCCCCUGGGCCUCCCCCCAACAUAAGUAGUAACCUUCGGCUGCAGCAGUCCCAGGCCCAGAUGGAGGAGGUGGUGAGCAUAAUGAGUGUGAAUGUGGAGAAAGUGCUGGAUCGAGACAUAAGGCUUACCGAGAUGGAUGGCAAGGCAGAGGCACUUGAGGCUGGUGCCUCAGUGUUUAAAACUAGUGCAGGAAAGCUAAAGAGGAAGUACUGGUGGAAGAACUGUAAGAUGAUGAUCAUGCUUGGAGUGAUCUGUGCCAUUGUGAUGGUGGCGAUUGUACGUAAGUACCAUAUAGAAUCUGAAUGGAGGGUCAGGGAGCCCCCAAGUCCUGGAAAAUGCCACCGUCUCCCUUUUGGUUAAGGGACUGAAGGUCUGAGAGUACCCUGCAUGUUCAAGUGGUAGCUUCUGCCUUCUGGUUAAGGGAAAAGGUACCUUCCAAAUGCCUGGUGAAGGGUGGAGUAUCUGGGAAACUCUACAGGGAAAUGGUAUGUUCGAAAUAGCAUAUAAAGGACCCAAUCCUGAGAGCUCUUUCUCUUUGGGGGAAAUGGGACCUUCCCUCUACUGGGACAGAGGAGUUCUUCCCCCAAGUGUGAAAGGCAUGGGAGUGGAAGGGUUGGGAAGUCCCUAACUUGGCUGGGGGUUUGUAGGCCUCAGUUGCCUACUGUGGGGACCUUGGUAUAACUUGCCCUCUUGUUUUCUCCUUUCUCUUUUCCUUCUGUUGCAUUCUGUCUCCAGUUUACUUUUGUACUUGAGAAUGUGACCCUUCAGUCUGCAGUCCACCUUCCCCUCUUCCUGUCUCCUUCCUUGCCCACGCUCCCCCCUCCAUGUGGCUGCUUCAUCUUCAGUUCUUUUGUUGGUUUUGUUUGUCUUCUGUGUAAGAUUCUGAAGCAACUCUCCUGGACCUAGGCUUAACGCCUUCAACAUCUGCUGCAGCCUCAGGGAGGGUCAGCUCACGUGGGGGGGGGGGGGAGAUGUUGCUUCCAUUCUUAUGUUUGAGGGUAACUUUUUUUAAUCCGAAUUUGAGUGAGGCAUGGCUUAGGUGUCCCCUUCAUCACAGCUGUACCUAAAGGGUGUAGUUCAGCAAUGUGAGCUUCCUCAAAGCAGUUCCCUGGCAGUGGUGAGCCUAGAGAGCAGGAGGGGGACUCCAAUGUGAAAUUGAUUAGAGUAGUGCCUCACCUCAGAGGAGAGCAUCUGGCCUCAGCUCUUGUGGAGUUUCCCUUUAACUGCUGAAGUCUAAACUAGUUUAUGGUGGUCACUUAUCCUUCAGCUUCCCACAAAUAGUGAUGAGUUGUGUCUUGCUCAUGUUGUGGCAGCUCUCAGCUUCAUAGAAUGCAACAGGAAGGGUUGAUGAUCCUUUUUCCUACACCACAAGGACAACAGCAAUUGUUCUAUCGGGGGUUGGUAUUCCUGUAACUGGUACAGACUUGUCAGGAUGUCAUCCUGGUUAGCUACUGGCAUGCAUUUUACUGAGGAAGUCCAGGGCGUGGAGGGAACAGGACUAGUAGAGGGAGUGAGAGGGAAUUCUGGAUUUUUCUUGCUUCAUCAAGCUGUGUGCCUCUUUCUGUUGCGUGAAGGGAGACAUAGGUUGGGGAGUCCCAGGUGGGGGGAGUCUCUGUUGCUUAAAUAGUCAGCUGAGCAACUGCACCCUGUGUGUAUUUCUGGGCAAGUCCCCAUCUUCUGCUCUGUUCUUUCUCCAAAGCCUCAUUCUCAAGGAGUUACAAAAAAUGGUAGUAAAGUAGAGUUCUGCGCUGAGAAAGAGCUUUGGGAAAAUGUCUUGAACUCAAUAUUCAGCAACUCUUGGAUCUCAGCAAAUCUGCUUGGUUCACAAGCUUAAAACUUCUCUAUAUGUGAAUGCUACAAACUCUAGUUUAGACUUUUGAGUCCAGACUGGGCUCUCCAAGGUUUCUGGGAAGGUGGGGAGUUGGGAGCAGGUGAAACUGUAUAACCUACUGUGGGUAAGUCACUUCUCUUGUGCCCCCAUUUUCCCAUCUGUGAAAAGAGCUACACUGCUCCUCUGAGUCCUUGAAGUGUUGUGGUGAAUUCUGUGGAUGAAAUGAGCUGCACGGUUUGUGUGCAAGUCCCUACAGAACCUCUUGUGAGUAUUUUGUUCUCAAACAGAACCACUGAGGGAAGAGUGUAGGGAGAAGGAGCAAUGCUCCCUGUAUUCUGCACCAGAAGGAAGGCUUCCUCAGUUCAGGGAGCCCUGGCUAUGAAUUAGAAUGCACUGGGACUUAUGUGCAGGGACCAAUGAUGCUGGGAAGAGGGAUGCCAUCUGUGGGGCUUCAUGGGUGUAAGGUAGACGGAAUGCUAGUAAAGGAAAAAAAGACUCUCUUGCAAUAGGACAUUCUGGGAAGGGUAUGGGUUUUGCUUGCUCAUCUCCAUGAACCAGCAUUUCAUUUGCGCUGAGUCCAUAUCCCUGUAAUUCCGCAUCCCUCCCCACCUUGGGGAUGGCAAAACUGAAGAUCUGGAGUGAAGUGGCCCUUGUUCUUUGAGUGCUUCCCACUAUCCUCUGUUGAAUUGAGCUGUGGAGAUGGAUGGACAGAAGUACAUCUGCUGAAGAGGAGCUAGGGCCUGAUUGUGCUGAUGCCAUAAUUUGUGGGGAGGGCAAGCAAGAUGAUGCAGGGCUCCCAAGCCAGCAGGUAUUGCUCAAACUUUCUUGGACAAGCCCUCCCCAUCCCUCCUGUUCCUCCGGGGCUGAGGCCUCUGGGCUGUUUCUUCCAUUUAUCUUUCUGUUGGGGAUUUGUAUGUUGUGCCCCUCUUUCUGGUUCUUGGUGUGUGGGCAAAAAAAAUUUCCCCACCCCUGUCGUUCUGAGCCUAAAGCCAGGAACUUCCUUCCCUGUCUACGUGGCUUCAGUGGCUGUCUCACACAUGUGUGAUUUGUGUCUUUUCUCUAUUAAACACAACUGUAACCUUCUCGUUGGGCAUGUAUAGCACCCACCUCAUGUACUUUGAACUCUCUAUGCUAAUAAACACAGUUCCACUCCC